AUGAAUUCAAACUUUCAAAAUUCGAUCCUUUACUAUUGGUAUCCUUGAUUAAAGUCAUCUUAAAGACUUGAAAGUUGUAAAUUUCUCCAAUAGAUGUUACAUUGAUUACCCGUCUUCGUACAUUGUACCUCUGGCCAACAUGGCGGCUUCGUUGGGUCGAGUUUGUAAAUCUGGUCUUUUAAAGACGAAUUAUGGAACCUUAUUCAGUCAGCAUGCGCAUAAUUUUUCAACAGCAAACCGAUGGUCUAAGGGUAGAAAAGCGUUACUAACAUGUCUAGGAGUAACAGCAGGGGGACUCACUGCAUUAAUUUAUGCAUUGGAAAAGUCAGUGCAAGCUUCCUCGGGUAUCAUUAUUCCUCAUUAUAAAUGGGACUUUGAUGGAUUAUUCAGGUCAUUUGAUCAUGCAAGUAUGCGACGUGGAUGGGAAGUAUAUAAGAAUGUGUGUUCAGCUUGUCACAGUUUGCAAUUUGUAACUUACCGUGAACUUGUUGGUGUUACACACACUGAAGAAGAAGCUAAAGCCAUCGCUGAAGAAGUUCAGGUAGAAGAUGGACCUGAUGCUACAGGUGCUAUGUUCAUGCGCCCUGGUAAAUUAUCUGAUCGUAUCCCAUCACCAUAUCCCAAUGAAGAAGCUGCUAGAGCAGCUAACAAUGGUGCUUAUCCACCCGAUUUGUCUUAUAUUGUUAACGCAAGACACAAUGGAGAGAAUUACGUAUUCUCAUUGUUAACUGGAUAUUGUGACCCACCAGCUGGUGUAACUCUUAGAGAAGGUCAGUAUUUCAACCCAUAUUUCCCAGGAGGAGCACUUGGUAUGGCACAGGUAGUCUUUGAUGAAGUCUUAGAGUUCGAGGAUGGUACACCAGCAACUGCUUCUCAAAUAGCAAAAGAUGUUGUCUCAUUUCUUAUGUGGACAUCGAAUCCAGAAUUUGAUGACAGACAGCGAUUGUUCGUAAAGGCGAUUAUUGUAUUCUCAACACUAUCAGCGUUAACAUAUUACUGGAAAAGACACAAGUGGACAACUCUUAAGAGUACCAAAAUUGCUUUUACACCCACACAAAAAAAAAUAUAAUAUCCUCUGAAUUUAAAACAUUUCAGAGAUUAGCGCAAAGAAACUAAUUUGACGAUGUUAGACUUCUGUAUUGGAAUGUAGUUUUAUAACUUAUUUGAAAAUUACGUCAUCUCUGGAAAUGCAAUAGUACGAAAACUGUCACAUGUACUAUCACAAUAUUGCUAGCUGACAGUCAAUCUACUUACGCCUUGUACAUAUAACUACAGUCAAUCAUGCCGUCGUCUGGUUUAAAUAAAUUGUUAAACAUAAUUAA